UAGCAUGAAAAAUCAAAAUUGUUAAAAUCUCGGUAAAUACGCUUUAUCAAUCAAAAUGUAAUAACAGAUUUUUCGUAAAAACUUCAAAGUCCUCGCUUAAAGAAACAACAACAAUAGUAAGAAAAACCCACCAACAGCCAAAAAUAAAAGUAAAAAAAUAAGAAAAAUCAACGAAAGUAACAAAUUACAUUUGGUUUUAGCCAUAAAGAGCGAAAGCGAAGCAAAGGAAAAGGCCGAGAAGAAAUAAUAAAGGAGAAAGGGGAGUAGCAGGUGAAACAGGUGGACGCAGGAGAUUCACCACCCAAAAAAAAAACAUCAUCGCCAGCAGGUGACAGCCGAAAGCAGAAAGUCAGCACAAAUAUGUCAAGCGAUUCGAGUCGAAGGAUCCAGGUACCCGAGGAGCUGAAGGAGGUGCUGCUGCAGUUCUCGAUCUCGUUCCUGGUGGAACAGCCCCCGGAUGUGAUCGAUUAUGCCGUGGAAUACUUCACCAAACUCCAGGCCGAACGUCCAAGCGUCUCUCACACGGAUCAAAGUACCGAUGACCAACUGAGCGUCAACUCACAAGAUGCCGAUGAACCACCAAUGAUGGCCAGCUCGCGCCGCAAAUCAGUUUUCGCCGAGGCCUACGAUCCGGAGGCGGAUGACGACGAUGAUGGUGCCACUGCCGUGUUCCCCAAGACAGAUGAGCAGCGGGCUCGGCUGGUGGAGUCGGUGAAGAACGUCCUCCUGUUCCGAUCCCUCGAAAAAGAGCAGAUGAACCAAGUCCUGGAUGCGAUGUUUGAGCGGAAGGUUCAGCCGGGCGACUAUAUCAUCCGCCAGGGUGACGACGGCGAUAACUUUUAUGUUAUUGAAUCAGGCGUCUACAAAGUCUUUAUUAAUGACAAGCACAUUAACACCUACAAUCACACUGGACUCUUCGGUGAAUUAGCGCUGCUCUACAAUAUGCCCAGAGCGGCCACCGUGCAGGCGGAAACGAGUGGUCUACUUUGGGCCAUGGAUCGCCAGACCUUCCGCCGCAUCCUGUUGAAGUCGGCCUUCAGGAAGCGGAAAAUGUACGAGGAGCUGUUGAACAGCGUGCCCAUGCUGAAGGCCUUGCAGAACUACGAACGCAUGAAUCUGGCGGAUGCUUUGGUUUCAAAGAGCUACGACAAUGGCGAACGCAUCAUCAAGCAGGGUGACGCCGCCGACGGCAUGUACUUCAUCGAGGAGGGCACCGUGUCCGUGCGCAUGGACCAGGAUGACGCCGAGGUGGAGAUCUCGCAGCUGGGCAAGGGCCAGUACUUCGGCGAGCUGGCGCUGGUGACACAUCGACCCCGGGCUGCCUCCGUCUACGCCACGGGCGGCGUCGUCAAGCUAGCAUUCCUCGAUGUCAAGGCAUUUGAGCGAUUGCUGGGCCCCUGCAUGGAUAUUAUGAAGCGCAACAUUGACGACUACGAGUCACAGUUGGUGAAGAUAUUUGGGAGCAAAAACAAUAUCACCGAUACACGAUAAAAAGUCUGAACAACAAACCAACAAAACCACCAUCAACAGCUACAACAAACAGCAACUGAAACUGAAGAAAGGUCACUUGCAGGCUUCUUAGGAUUUUAUUUUGUAAACAUGUUUCUUUCAAAUUGAGCAAUUCGGCAGACAGCAAAAUAACAGCCAAUCACAAUCCACAACAAAGCACAAAUACCAAACAAAAACACAAGGACACAAAAAUCAUCUAAACUUAAUCAUGAAUAUUUGAUAAAUGAAAUUAAUCUAUAAUAGUACGAUAAUAAUAAUGAUGAUGAUGAUAAUGUUGAUCAUUUUGGGGAGAAGCUAAGCAAUGUUUCUAAUCUAAAACAUAAAAGCAAACAAGCGAGUUAAGAAUUGUAUUGUAUGUAUUUAGCAAUUGUAAUUUGUAAUGUAUUUAAUUGGGCAAAAAUGAAUUCAAAUGCAAUCAGCAAGGAGAAACAACAAACGAUUGGCUCAACGGGAAUGUUAAAAAUACUAAUUUAAGUUUUGUUUAUUCAUAACUUUUUGUUAUCCAUUGAUUUAUUCAUAAUUUAGAAUAUAACGCAAACACUUGUUUAAUUGGCUGCUAAUUAACUGAUAAGCGAAAAGUAAGCAAAAAUAUAUUAAAUAAGAGCAAAUUGAACACACACA